AUGGCGAGUAUUGUGCUAUUGCCUACCAUGCUUUUCGCCCUUAUUUUUGGCAUCGUUCUCAUGACCAGAUUGAAACACGGAUUGAAAUGGUAUGCAAACCAAAAGAUGCAUGCCAUUGUGAAUUGUGCUGUCGAUUUGUGGUUCUACAUUUGCAUCGGGACACUGCAACUGGUUAUGUGUCGCGGUUUGCCUUGGUUAGGCUUCUCUGGAGUCUGUGUGCAUCAACACGGUGAUGUUGAAUGUAAAACCAUCAGAUUUCUCAGAUCUACGGCUACCAGUAGCUUAACCACGUUCCUUUUACUAACCACACUUAAUCGAACUCUCAUUGUUCACUACUGCGGUCAGUUUCCACCAUCAGCCUCGAAAACUAUGACGUUUAUUUGCAUUUUGAUUUCGGUCAUACUCGCUAUCCCUGAUUUAGCGGUGAUGGGCCUAUGGCGGUUAGAUGGCCGAUUAUUUUGUGGCACGGAAGCUAAUCUACCGAGAUUGGUAAUACUCGCAGUCGAAUUGCACAGGUUCCUCUUGGUUGACGGUUUCUUUCAAUGCAUUUUGACAACCGUUGUCUUGAUUCUUCUGUGCAAAAGCGUUCGACGUCUGGACAAUACCAUCAACCUCCUGUAUGCCUCGUCCGCAACGAAAGAGAAUAUCUCCGAGGUUGCUUUCGAAAUUUGUGAGGUGUUGCGAAACAUACGUCGCGGAAGUCGGUUUGUGUUGCGAAGAUCAAGUAUCCUAUCCGCGCUAUUCGCCGUGCGGGCAUUGCUCGGAGGCAUUGUCAGCAUGGAAUUGUAUUACUUUCAAAGGGCAAAGCGAACACAAGCGCGUUUAAUAUUGUACACCCUCCUGGGAAUACAGGAUAUCGUCAGUGUCACUAUACUCAUAGUCACCUCGUUCGAUUAUUGGUUCUUUUACUAUCACUACCCUACAGUACGCAGUUCAAAUGACACCAAUGCAAAUGGGGAAUGGAAUAACCACAAGUACAUUAUGCCGCCUUACCCCGAUCCGCAUAGCAUACUUGAUCGAUGGAAACAUCUUUUGGAGUUUGUGAAAAAGUUUGAUCUUGGAUUAUAUCAUCAGUUGGUCUCGUUACGUGUUAUGAUCGAAGAGGUGGCCGCACAGCGAUUGAAUCGGUACACACAAAGAUUGAACGAGUUUUGCAAGGCCUUUUAUCAUCUGCCUUCAUAA